UGACUCAGCUGUUAAACUCACCUGUGAAGACGUGCAGAGAGGUCCACAGUGUGAUUUCCCAGGACAGGGAAGAAGCUGAAAGACAACGUUACGUAACUCUGUGAACAAACAUGUGAUCCUACCUGUGAGAGCCUGAUGUGGAAACUCCAUAUAUGGUCAGACAGGUGUGAGUGGAGGUGUGUCUACAAGUUAAAUAGUUUGCAGUGGAGUGUAGACACAGAGUCUGUUAGAGACAGCAGCAGCAGCAGAAGAAGAAGCACGAUGCUGCAGUGGAGAGGACUGAGGGAUCACAGGGGGGAGUGUAACAGGGCAGUGUUGGUGUCUGUGGGGGAGUUUGACCCCGGGGUGAGGCUGGAGAGGAGGCCUGGAGCCAACAAGGACACCAAGAGUCUCCACCACACCCUCAGCAAACUGGGCUUCAAGGUGGACAUCCACUCCGACCUCAGCGGGGACGAAAUCUAUGAGCUGUUUGAGAAAGAGAGCCGGCGGCCGGUGAAGGAUUGUUUUCUGGCUGUCUUGUCGUCUCACGGCGAGGAGGGCUGCGUGUUCGGGGCUGAUGGGAAACCUGUCCGACUGUCACAGAUCUUCAAGUAUUUUGACCACGAGUCCAUGGAGGGAAAAGCCAAAGUGUUCCUCAUACAGGCGUGUCGUGGAGACGGUCUGGAUGACGGCGUGGAGGUGGAUUCAGCUGAUGAUAGCAGAGAGUGCAUCUUUUCACCACAUCACUCUGUUCCUGUAGAUACAGCUGUGAUGUACGCCACCGCGCCAGGGUACGGAGCGUUCAUGCACCCCCUCGGAUCAGUCUUCCUCCAGACUUUCUGCACUUUAUUAAAGGAGGACGCCAAUCGUAACCUGGAGCUGACGCGCCUGAUGACCCGCCUCUCCCACAGAGUGGCCUACACCUUCCAGGCCAAAGGUCGGCUGCUGGGCGGGAAGAAAGAGAUGCCGUGUCUCCUGACACGACUGACCAGAGAAGUGUUUCCGUUCGCGGAGCCGGGGAAAGGCGACGGCGAGGCCGCGGGGCUCUCGGCCACGUCGCUGCUCAGUGCUGAUAACGUGAGAACACGGAGUCCUUCCAUCAGUUAGACUGCAGCACGCGACGUGCACGUGACUGCACGAGAACGUAUGAGGACAGUAAUUAACAGCAGGAAUGUUGACGGAUGAGAGGAGAUAAACUAACAGACUCUGCAGAAGAAACCGGUUUGUGGUUUUUGGACUUCCUGAAGAAAAUCCAAAGAUGUCAUCAGGAAACAUUCCGAGCUCUGAGACAGUACGUGUUUACAUGAGACUUAUUUAAUAUAUGUUAUUAAAUGAUGGAACAAUCA